AAAAUGGUAAUAGAAAAUUGUGUGUUGAAUUGUAUUUUAUAAUUAUAAUUAAAUUUUAUAAAUAAUCAUAACGAAAAUCGUGAUACUUUUCGUUAACACCCUCAAUAUGCCUUUUGCACUGAAAUGUUGUCACAUAUAAUAUAUAUGUGAUAAAAUUUGUUUUUGCACACUUGCUCAAAGCAUGCGCUGGAAAGCUUCUGUCUUCGUAAACCUUCAAACACCUUGUAAGAUAUUUUUCGCACACACAGACAGCAUUGUAUGUGUGGAAUACCUUUUGCAAGGCCACUCAGCGUGGGGAUGCUUUGCAAUGGGUUUCACCGUCUUACCCGCUUGUGUUACCCAACUAUUUAGUUUGAGAUGGCAUCGCAGCGACGGUUCCCUGCGGACUGUUCACUGGUUGUUGCACUUCCUGCUACUCGGCUUCUUGCACAGGUAUUUGACUUUGCUUUACACUGCGGUGUACUCUUUGAGAAAUAAGUCCAGCUUCAGCAGGGACAAAAACUGGGUAUAUCGACAAGAAAGCGAUAUAUGUAUGUUGCACUUGUUUGAGUCGUUCAUGGGGGCUGCUCCGCAGUUGAUAUUGCAGCUGUAUAUCAUUGCGAGAUUAAACCAUGUACCACUUUGGACGAGCGCCUCCGCAGUAGCUUCCUUCUGCUCCCUGACGUGGGCCGUGAGCACAUACGUGAGGGCCAUGCACAAUAUCAAUCGCGAACGCAGCAACGCGACUUGGGUUGCUCUUGUUCUUCAGGCUCUCUGGCGCAGCGGUAUGCUGCUGUCCAGAAUCGGAGUUUUGGUACUAGCGGCUGUCUUUCUGAAAACGUGGUUCUUCUUGUUUCUGGGGCUGCAUUGGUUAUUCAUGACGAUCUGGGUGAUCCUGCAAAAGACAGAGUUCUGUCCUACCAUAUGGGAGGAGCGCAUCUACAAUUGCAUCAUCGGACUAAUCUAUUGCUUCGACUUCUUCAACCUGCGCGAUGGCAGAUCGCGCUAUCGCGUGCUCGUCUUUUAUUCGGUGAUCACGGUGCAGAAUCUGGUUUUCCUGAUUAUGUACACAUGGCGUUUCAAGGACACUGUCGCGAGCGAUACAAUGAUCGCGAUCGCGACCCUGAUAAUUGGCUGUAUGCUCGUCGGUCUGGCGAGCAUGUCACUGUAUUAUGGCAAGUUUCAUCCAUCAAGAACGGUGACGAGCAUCUCCCGAAAUAUCAGCGAGCAUUGUACAACUACAAAGAUUGACACACCCAGGUCCCUCAAGUUGUUCCAUCGCGGCUCCUUGGUGUCGUUGCAUCACUCCAUUGAUAUCUCGCCGAGGACCGAGGAGGUACCUACCGACAAGCAAUCUUUGCUUACGAAUAUCGCACAAAUUUCCGAUUGCGCGGAGGAGGGGAUUGUCAAUCGCAACUACAGCUCGGAGAACGAAUCCAACGCGAGCGCCGUGCGCGUCUCCACCGAGUGCGAGAGGCCGCACAGUCGCGUCGGUGCCAAGCACAAGGAAGAGGUCGCGUUGUCCAACGACAAUUCGGACAACGCGCUUACCAGCAGCGCGCCAUUGAAUUCUCUGUAUCCGGGCUUGCCCGACAUCGACUCGUCUCGAAAACGCCGCGGCAUUUACGAACACGACAUCACGCCGCAAUUGGACUGGCACGCGCCGGAUAUAUUGAACAUUGAUUUGGAGCAGUUCGGCAGUAUCGACAACUCCGAGCGGAGCAAUUCUCUCACGCUAGAUUCCUGCAGUAAAGUGAUCGGCGCAUUGGACGUUAUCAAGAACAGAGAAAAGCUGACGACUCCGACGCCAUUGGAGAGCAGCAGGAUAUUCGAUAUAGAGAAGGUGUCGAAGGACCUGCAGCAGCAGCAGCGGGACGAGACGAUGAGCUGCGUGACGUCGAUCCACGACUACGAGAACGUAUGCCCGCUGGGAAUUGCUCGGCCGCCUUGGUGUAUCCGCAGUUGGAAAGGCUACACAGACAUCGAGACGUACAUCCACGAUGAUAGCGUGGUGCGCGAUCGGCGGCGGGACACUCUGACGAGCACGACCGGCACGACGUACAGCUCGGAAUACUCUGACGGCAUGAUCUCACGAGGGAUAUUAAAGCAGGACGAUUACGCGGAUGCUCUGACUUACGAUCUGGUGGAAUCUAAGGGCAAUAAAUCGUCUUACAGCGAUAGCACGUUUUCCGCGUCCACCGUGGACGAUCAGAACGCCAGUCUGUACGUAGCCAAGCCGGUGGUGUUCGACGACCGGGGUGGUAUGCUCGCGUUGGACACAAUAUUGGAAGAGCGCGAUGAUUCUUCAUUGUCGGACGAAAAGUUUCAGCACGGGACAGAACCGUCGCGCGACUCCGCGAGUACCCUAGUGAGCACGAUAGAUCAGAUCAGGCGGUAUACAGCGGAGAAUUCGCCGCGACAUAUCUACCACACCACCGGGACUCAGUGGGAAGAUCUGAAUCCCAAGAACUUGAUGGCGCGAGCGCACUUUGCCAAAGUGUUGUUCGACAACGAUCUCAGAACCGCCCCGGCGACGACUGGUCCAAUCGGUCUGACCACGCGGGACGUUGAGAAACGCGAGAUAGACGCGAUCAGGGAGUUCGUCCGGUGUUGUGCGAUAGAAUCCAUCAAGAAGACGCCCCUGAUAGAUGCUAUUUUGUCGGACUCACCGAUUCUGGGCAGCAGGGCGAGCAAAGUCGUGCGACAGGUCACGUUUACGGAUCGUAAGAGCGAUUUCGACGCAAACGAGAGCGACUUGUAUGUCGAGAUGAGUCCCUUGGUGUCCGUCGAGAACGGCGAGAACUCGUGCCAGACCAGGCUCGCUGACCCGAAGACCGCCGAGGCGGAGAGCGUUGCCAAGACCAGUCUUCCCACAAUAUCGAAAAAAUCGCCGGAUAAAGAAAAUCUGUCGCCGACCUUGUUGAACAAUAACAGGCGGAUUAAUAUUAAUAAUAUACACGAUAACAGGGACAAUAAUGAUAGGCACGCUUGGACCAUAGAAAAAGACGAUAAAAAUGACAAGUCGUUGUGCAACAUGCGUUUCAAUCUGAAGGAGAAGCAACAUUUAUUUCUCGAGCAGGUUCUCUCGCCGGUUCCAAAACUCUGGAACAAACGUAUCUCCUUUCAUCCGAGCACCAAAAAUUUAUAGUGAACGGGCUCUUCAGUUCUCUCACUUGUGUUUCAUAGCUAAAAAUCGAUUCAAAACUCAUUUUUUAUCGAAUAUUUUCUAGUAUUUACAGCGAAUUUUGUUACGUAUUGCAGCGUAUUUGCAGCGAAUUUGAUUCACGUUUUACAACUGAACGUGGAACAGUUAACUUUCAUCAAACCAAAAAUUUGUAGCGAAGGACUUUUCGAUCUCUUUAUACUCGGCAUUGUUGUCUUUCACAGAUGAGAAUUGAGUGGUAACUCAGUUUUAUCUUGCUCAAGUGUAUUUUUCAUUUAUGUUUUAUGUAGGAACUCUUUACAAAAAAGUUUUUUUAAGGAAUUUUCUUUCGCGUAAUAGUCCGACAUGCAAUAAAAAAGUAAUCUUAACCCGUCGUGGUAUUUGAUAUCUUUUACAAAAAGGUAACAAUUUUGCUGCGAACGUUAUUCGGUUACAAACAAAUGAAGAAGAUUAUUACGGAAAGGGUUAAGAAAAAUACACCACAGUACAAAUAUCGCAAUAUAUAUAACAUCACUCGUUAAUUAGGCACACAUCUUAACUUUUAUCCAUGACUAAGCUGCGCCGCGUUUACCUUUAUAAAUGCUAUAUAAAGGUAAACGCGAUGUAAGCGUGUGAUACGCGCCGUCCGAUUGUUGAGAUAAAACUAUAACGACUUAAGUUUAGUGUUUUGCGCUUUUGCGAUUUGUGUAUAUAAAAUGACUUAUUUUACAUCUCGUACCGAGAUUAUUUUUGUACGCAAUUUUUAUAUACAAUAAAGAUGAGACUCUGUGUAAUGAAAAAUCCGCAAUCAAUCAUUGGUAAUAAAUAUCAUUAUGCAUUCGUAA